UGAUGCUAAUGGUGUAAUCAGAUUCAAUGGAUUAUGCUAAACUAUGCUAAAAGUGGUACAGCCAGACCCAGAGUGUUUAACUCUAGGGGAGCUGGAAAAUUAGCAUAUUUUCUAAAAAAGUGGAGUGUCCCAUUAUGCAUUCUUUUAAUUUCCAAACUCAUUAUGGAGGAAGCAUUGAUAGCCCUUUACCACCAAGGGAGAGCUGGUGCUGGUUUGGAGCCAGAGCAAAGCAAACCAGUUCUUAGUAAGCUAGUCAGUUAAAGUGACACCAUGUAACUUUUCAACCUUCAUAAUAAAAUUUCAAGACCCUUGUGAUAGUACAUCGACUUUAAAUAGGUUGAAUGACAUGUCUACCAUACCAUGACGGUGUCUGUAUCGCUUUUACUCGUACUUUAAAACUUAAGGUUUGUGGUAGUAACCAGAGCACAAAAAAAAACUACAAAAUUCGUCUGCUUUACGGCAUACGUCACUUCCUCCACUUCCUUAAAUUCGGACGUGAGAGCGCAGCUGCUUAUUUACGGAUGUUUUUGUCAUGGCCGAAGCAACAACCACGAGAAAGAAACGCAAGGUUUUGUCUGAGGAGACCAGAAAGAGAAAACGGGAGAGUGAUCGAAGUAAAGGAAGGACGAGGAUCAUUAUUGGGCCAGCGUUUGCUCGCUGGCGUGAACUGAAGGAGGAGGAGGGCUUCGUGACCGAUGCGGACUUGGCCGUCAUGCUUUUGGACUACUACGAAAGCAGAGGUCCAGCAACUUCCACACCAUAUAAAGGAGAGUGCACAUCAAAACCUCCUGGACCACCAGUAUCGAGUGUUACAGACUCUUCGGAUCAUGACAGGGGGAGAGAAAUGGUCCUUUCCGGUGUAGAGGAGUUGAUCACAGAAAGUCAAAAAGUUGAUGUGCUUGAAUCAAGUAUGCACUCGUUGGCUAUUUCAGAGGAACCUGAUGAUGACCUAGAGGCUGCUAAUGAUUUGCAGAAUAGUAUGAUUGAGAUGGAGGAAGCUGUUUGCUUGGAAGAUGAAGACUCUGAUGAGGAUUAUGUUCCUUUCAUCUAUCUACGGUCUACAAGAAGGGGGGCAGAGAUUGAGAAGCUACCUGAAAUACACAUAGAUGAGGCUGUGCUGGAUGUAGAGGAUGUGCCCAUAGUUCCUGAGGAAGACCAACGCUUUCCUUUCGAACACAAAGUUGAGACUGUAGAGGACCUCAUAGGAAAGAAAGCGAACAUCUGCUACAAUGACAACUUGCUCUCUCUUGCAAGGUACAUGCAGUUACCUGUACAGUUCUGUCAGUUCAGAGACCCAAUUUUGGGGACACAAUGUAAUGGAAGGCCUCCUUUUCAUGUGCAAUUGAAAUCCAGAGGGACAGGUGUCAUUCUUGAAUGGGUUUGCACUCACGGCCACACAGUUUGGCACUGGAAUUCCCAGCCAGUCCUAAAAUUUGGCAUGCAAGGAGGCGAUUUCAUGCUUUCAACCAACAUUCUUCUCUCUGGCAACAACCACAGAAAAAUCCAUCUCCUCUUCAAUUUUAUGUGUAUGGGAAUGGUGUCUGAGAGUACAUUUUUUGCCAUACAGUCUGAAUACUGCCUAAAGCCUGUUGAGGAGUUUUGGGAAGAGAGUAGAGAGAGGGUGUUGAACAGGCUUCGACAAAAGACUGAAGUAGUUGUACUUGGUGAUGGCAGAAUGGACUCCCCAGGUCACUGUGCACAAUAUUGUACGUACACUAUGAUUGAGCUUGAGACUCGUGAUAUUGUGCACAUUGUGAGCGAGGACAAAAGGAAGUGUGGGAGGAAUUCCGUCAUCUUGGAGAAAGUCUGUUUUGAAAGUACAAUGGACUGCCUUCUCAACGAAAUCCCUAUCAAAGAAGUAGUGACGGAUGCUCACAGACAAAUAUCUGCCUUGCUCGACCCAGUACGUGGAAAAUACAAGGAUUGGUCUUUAACUCAUUCGCUGGAUGUUUGGCAUGCUUCAAAAAAUCUUGGGAGGAAGCUCCGCGAAGCAGCAAAAGGCAAGGAAAAUUCUGUGCUGAUGCAUUGGGUCAAGGAUAUUGUGAACCAUUUCUGGUAUUGCUGUCAGCAUGCAACAACUGUAGAGCAGUUUAAGCUGCUGUGGCAUGGUGUACUACAUCAUGUACGCAAUGAACACACAUGGGCCACAGGGUUCUGUGAGCAUGAGCCAUUGGAUGACAGCAGUCGAGAAAAGCCAUGGAUACAGCAAGGUUCUGCUGCUCACCAGACCCUAACUGCCAUUGUUUUGAACAAACGCUGGCUGAAAGAUGUCAAAAAGUACAUUACAUUCAGGACUACCUCAGAUUUAGAGAGUUUUCAGAACCAUAUUCUGAUGUAUGCAGGGAAGCGCUUUGCCUACAAGUACAAAGUGUACAGAACCAGGGUUUUUCUUGCAGCAAUUGAUUACAACUACCACAAUGGCCGCGAGCAUAGACGCAACAGAAAAGGAGAAAAAAUUUACAGAAGGUACUACAACAAGAAGUUGAAAAACUGGAGUGUGCAUGUUACAAAAGAGGCCAAGACGUAUGCCUACAUUCCCGACCUUCAGAAGGCAAUUUUCAGGAAAAGAUUAGAAAGUGGGUCAGGCAUUCCUCGAAGAAGAACUCUUUCUCAAGAUGACCCUGAGCGCCUUGGGCUGGUUGGCACAGCAGAGACACCACCCCCCACUGCUGAACUUGUGGCAAGACACAUUUCUCGUGGAGCAAUGGCUCUAGUAAUGGAAGACUAAAACUGAACAAAAACUGUUACAAAACAAACAUUCUUUCUUUAUUUGAAUAAAAUAAAAUAUUGAAUAUUAUAACUUUUA